CUGUGUUAUAUUUUCGUGAAAGUUUAGUGUAUAAAUGUGUUAUUGAUUAUUAUUUUUUUUACAGUAUCAUUUAUACGCUGUUCAACGUGACAAUUCGUGAAGAAUAGUGAUCGAAUGGUGGAGUCAUCAGUACAGUCGACGUGUGUCUGGAUUUUUACGAAUCGUUUGAAGUAUAGAGUGCUUAAUAUACCAACGAUGGAAUGGCUGGAGAGCAGCAUUCCUUCGUCCAAGGACACACGAUGAUGGAUACGUGAAAGUUUGAGUGCGACAGUGAUGCCGGUAAAAUAGGACAAGCGUAUAUCGAUAGAUUUGUGGACAAAUCGUAUAAGAAUGUGUCGAAGUUCGGGAGAAGUUUCCAGUGGAAAAGAAAGGAGAGGAUCGUUGAAAUCGGCGAGGUGAUUCCUUGGGGAUAAUAGAAUGUCUUCCUGAAGAGAACGAGGAAUCUUAUAGACGAAGAUGUGCUGCUCGGCCGGCCCUGGUGGUAUCAGAUUGACCAGGUGUGGUGUCGUAUGCGGAAUUGCAGCGCUUGCAGCACUGAGCACAGCGCUUUUGGGCCCUGCUUGGCUUCACACCGAGGAGAAGUUGAAUAUUCCUCAAUUAUCCCAUAAUUUGGCCAAUGGUGUGAGUGUGCGUUUCAAGUUGGGUCUAUUCAGGGUCUGCCCUAUGAUCGUGAAGCCUGCCAAUCUGACAGUCCAAUUUUCUAUCUCUACACCUCCCUGUACUUACGUGAGAUACAGCAGCCUGGAGGAUGUAAGGUCGCAGGAAUUAGGAUUUCAACGACUGGAGUUCACCCCCAUCGUCGUUUCGAAAAUAAGGAUCUCAGCACCGUUUCAAGUAGCUGCUGUGGCUCUAGUCCUCGCCGCUACAAUUUCAGCUUUAAUUGGACAUUGUUAUUCGGAUCAUAGAACUCUGGUGGCCUGUGGAUUAUUUCUCCUCAGUG